UCAGUGAAGGCGGGGAUGGAGGAGCGCAGCCCGUAUCAGAAGAGUUGCCCGGAAGCUGGCGGGGCCUUCUUGGUGCUGGGGGAGAGCGGAGGGGGCUGCCGGGCUCGAUGCGCCGCGGCUGCGGAAUUGGAGGCCAAGCUACAGCGGGCGGUGGAAUUCAAGGCGGAGGGGCGCCGCUGCUACAAGCAGAAGAAGCUCCGCGAAGCCAUCGGCAAGUACCACCGAGCCCUGCUACAGCUGAAGGGACUGGAUCCGCCGGCCGGCGACGAAAAGGCUGAGGCGGCGGCUGCGAAGAGCAGCUCGCUGGUCGCCUGGCAUCGCCUGUCCGCCGAGCAGCGGGAGCAGGCGGACAGCACCGAGAUUGAGCGCUACGACAGCCUGACUGGUAAGAGCCCGCCCCCGCCACCGAGAUGGGAGGAAGGAGGAAGCCGCGUAGUUCUGGCCCCAGCCGGGAGCAGAAGGACUCGGCCCCUGCCGCCCAGCUGGAGGGAGCCCUUCGGAGUCGGACGCGGCUCCCAGCACGGUGGAAGCAGCCUCUGCUGCCUGCCCACGCCCAGGGAACGGCUGCUUGGGGCCAACUGGAAUUAUGCAAAGCUUGAAAAAGUGCCACCAUACUUAAUGUUGUCAUUUGGUCACUGAGUGCCAAUUAAAGAUGCUUUUUUUCCUGGUAGCUUUUCCCCCAAUGUCAUCAGGUAUUCCUUUCAAUGGAGCGAAGAUGUUCACUGUACCUUUAAAACUUGGGCCAGUUGUGUGGUGGGCCGAGACCACACAAUUGGCCCAAAGACCCCGCAGGGCG